CGAAUACCUAUGCGGCUCGGCUAGGUUGUUAUGUUACGAAGGAGCUAAAUACCUCCGGCUUUGCAUUUCCCCAUAAGCUUUCAAACGUCAUUGCUUUGACCUAUGAGCCAUUGCAAAUGUUAGCACCUACAAAAAUACGCCAUUAAUAUUGCAGAACUGUUUACAUAGUAAGAAUGCUGAAUAUCACAUAACUGAUGUGAUUUCAUCAGUAUGUGCUAAUUUCUAGCUUGUUUUAACCAUUUGUAUAUACAGUAACAAGUAAAACAAUAUUGCAACUUCCGGUAGCCUUGCGUUCUAGUUUUUCGCGCAUGUCUAUGGUGGGCGUAGUAGUAGGUGAAUGUCUUGUCAGCUGACAAGCAGCAUCUUUGGCUGUUGCAACACACGGGUCGCUGUGUUCAAACAGUUUCUAGCUACUACAACCUAGAAUACCUAUGCGGCUCGAUUAGGGUGUUAUGUUACGGAGAGCCAGAACUGGCGAAGGAGCUAUACCUCCAGCAUGGCGGCAGAAAUACAACCCAAACCGCAGACUCGGACGCCUGUUCUGCUCAAUAAAAUCGAGUCUUCCCAAGAUGUUGUGAACACGGCGGUUAUAAUUCCGAAGGAGGACGGGGUGAUCAGCGUGUCUGAUGACAGGACGAUCCGGAUAUGGUUGAAGAGAGACAGUGGCCAGUACUGGCCCAGCAUCUAUCACACUAUGCCAGCUUCAUGCUCCUGUAUGUCCUUUAACCCAGAGACCAGGAGGCUGUCUGUGGGAAUGGAGAAUGGAACCAUCUCUGAGUUCAUACUGUCUGAAGACUACAACAAGAUGACCCCGGAAAGGACCUAUGAGGCCCACCAGGGCAAAGUGACAGUGGUGCUCUUUGUGUUGGAGAUGGAGUGGGUCCUUAGUACAGGACAGGACAAGAACCUCACCUGGCACUGCUCUGAGAGUGGAACACAGCUGGGGUUAUACCGCACCAUAGCCUGGGUCUCUGGACUACAGUUUGAUGUGGAGACAAGGCACGCCUUUGUGGGUGACCACUCUGGUCAGGUGACCAUCCUGAAGCUGGAGCAGGACAGCUGUAGUCUGGUCACCACCUUCAAAGGACACACAGGCAACGUGACGGCACUGUGUUGGGACCCGGCCCAGAGAGUGUUGUUCUCUGGCAGCUCAGAUCACUCCAUCAUCAUGUGGGACAUCGGGGGACGCAAAGGCACCGCCAUAGAACUGCAGGGACACAAUGAUAAGGUCCAGGGCCUGUGCUAUGCGCCACACACACGUCAACUGAUCUCCUGCAGCUCAGAUGGAGGCAUCGUCAUCUGGAACAUGGACGUGACCAGACAGGAGACCCCAGAGUGGCUGGACAGUGACUCGUGUCAGAAGUGUGAGCAGCCAUUCUUCUGGAACUUCAAACAGAUGUGGGACAGUAAGAAGAUCGGCCUGCGCCAGGGCCAACCCAAGCCCCAGUAUCUCCUAUCUCCUCUCCCCCAGCACCACUGCAGGAAGUGUGGGCAGGCUGUGUGUGGAAAGUGCUCUGCCAAGCGCUCCACCAUCCCUCUCAUGGGCUUCGAGUUCGAGGUGCGGGUGUGUGACAACUGCCAUGAGUCCAUCACAGACGAGGACCGGGCGCCCACGGCGACAUUCCAUGACAGCAAGCACAGCAUAGUUUACAUGCACUACGAGCCCACGACGGGCUGGCUGCUGACCUCUGGGGCCGACAAAGUCGUCAAGCUCUGGGACAUGACUCCAGUGGUCUCCUGAGGGUCAUCGUUGACAGGGAGCAACAUGGAGCUCCAUCCACCUAUCAGGGUAGAGCUUACAGCCUGGUGGCUGUCAUCCUGAGAGGAAGAGGGAAUGUCAACAAGAACAACCACCACCACAACAACAGCUAAACAACUUACAACUGCAGAGCAACAUCCACAGAACCUAGAAACACCAGGCCUUUCUUGCCUGUCCUAGUCCCUCUUGGGGACUAAACGUGAAAAGCUUUACACUGGCUGCAUAAAUAAUUCCCUAUAUUGUUUGGUUUAUUAUUAUAUUUAUGACAAUAGUUUUGUAGUAAAGGGAACUCCGUUUACCUACUGAAUAUCAAAUACAGCUAGGUGGGCAAAUAUAUAGCUUAUAUUGAAGUGCCUUCCUCUCAUUUUCUUAUAGCUUUCCCUCCAGUUAACAGAAAGAAUGAACCAAUAGUCCUAAAACAAAUUGAAGCACGAAAUGUACCUGGGUUGUGAAUACCAGUUAUAUAUGUAACUUGUAUGUACAGCAGCAAGAUGGAAUACUCUAAUAUAUUCAUGAAACUACAGAAGGUCCCAAAGUUGACCUUAUAAGGCUCAUUGGUUUGACUCUUUGUUUUUAACAUUGUUGCAGUCUGCAGAGGGCAAAAUACCACUGUUUCUAGGUGGAUCAUGUUUCAGUUGGUGUCAGGAGGGUCAUAGCCUAAUGUAUGGGAAUUAAGCUCUUACCCUACGAGCUACGAAUCCUGCUUGUUUCCUGUUGUACCUGAUAAUUAAUUGCAACCACCUGGUGUCCCAGGUCUAAAUCAGUCCCUGAUUAUAGGGGAGCAAUGAGGUCCAGAGGUGAAUUUGAGGGUACUACUGUAUAGCUUCUAUGCUCUCUGAAAGUCAUCACACAUACACACACAGCUGGUGAACAAGUCUACAUGUGGUAUCUCACUGUCAGGUAAUGGUUGACCGCCACAGAUGUAGAGGACUUGGAGAAAGAAAUGUUUUUCUUUUUUUUAUGAAUACUGUAUUACAAACUGAAGUUCUAGUUUAGGCUUGCCAUUUGAAAUUGUAAAUCAUAAAGAACAUUUUCAUUACUUUACUUUAUUGUAGAGUUAUUGAAAUGUCACUUACUAUACUUUUGACUUCAGUGGUGGACUUAGGGUGGCAAAAUUCCAGAAACAUUCAAUAAAUUCCCUGGUUUUCAAGAAAAAGUGGUUGGUCAUUGGAUACCGGAUUUCCUGCCUAUUCCGGGAAUCUUCCAACCGGAAUUUCGGAAAACCAGGGAAUUUAUUGAAAGUUCCAGAAAUGUUGCAGCCUUACUUAAACAUGAUUCACUACUUGUAGACUCUUCUAUGUUAUUUGCACUUCAGUUGUUACGGUUCAAUUUCUCAGAGAACUAAAUCAUAACAAAGCACUUUUUAUUGUCCAAUACAUACACUUACAAUAUGUUGUCUACAGACUCAAAUGACACAGGGUUGUAGGCUGAAAAUAUUUAUUUUCCAUUGAGGUGAGGGGUAUACCAGACUGGUGAUCAGUUGUUAGUGGAUGUGUGUGUCAAAUGUAUUUGUGUUACGAUGAGUUUAUUUAUUGCUGUGUGUGUGUUACUGUAGCCUCCAAGAUAGACAUCUCUCAUGUAAUACACACACCAUCAAGGUCAUUAUCAUUGACUGAUAGUGUGGCUAUGAAUCAGGACUUUUGUGUGAUAGAUAGUUUUUUACGCUUUAACAUUCUCAAAGUGUAUUGAUGGCUAUGAUAGGUGUCAUAUCCUGGAUAUAACUACAGUUGUUCAAGUUAAGUUCAUGCACAUGAUUUGUUUUCUAGGCAGAGCCACUAUUGUAAAACCACAACAACCUGUCUGCAUGUUUAUAUUUGUGUUAUACAACCAUAAUUAGCCAUGAUACUUUUUCAUGAAUACUAGCAUGUUGAUUAAUCCGUCACACAUAUCUUGGGCCUAAGCUAAUACAUAUCUACUGGUGGAGAAUGGCUGUAUGGGGCUCUAAUGCUAUAUACUGUAGUAGUCAAUCACUGACUUGAGAAUUAUACUAUUCCUAUAAGUUUCCUCAUUUAAUGACCUCUGUACAGUUAUCAUUGUUGGGAGGCAAAAAGGUAUGAGUUCCAUGUUGAUUCAUAAACCAAGACUGAUUUACAAUAUCUGAAUGACUGCUGAUAUGAUUUGAAAUACGUUUUUUGUGUUAUGUUUUUAUGUAACCUGGAUACCAGUCUCUUUCUCUGCUUUCAUCAGCAUGUUAUCAUUGGCAACACUAGUGUUACUAAAUGGAUGAACUGUCAGUCUGUCACCUAGGCAUACCGGUUUUAUGUGAUGCAGUAUGAUUCUCACAGGUUGGUGCUGUACUGUGUGUAUGUAACCCAGGGGGGUUUAUCACAAAGCAGGAUCUGGAAUCAGAAAAUCAAGAGCUAUAGUAUAUCUGUUUAUCAAAGCAAGGUAGCUAACUCCUUAAUCCUGCUCUGUGCCAUUUCCCUCCGGUCUUAAUGUGCAGUUUGUCCAAGCAGCAGAUUAUUGGAGAUUUUCUAGUCGUUAAGAAUAUCAUUCCUACAUGUCUCAUCCUAAAGCUGAUCUGGGUACAGGUCAUCUGAGUAGAGAUGUGUGCUCUUAUUAUUCUAUCAUUUUAUUUCCCCUUGUUGUACUGCAGCUGAUGUACUCAUGUUUGUAUUUCAUAAAAUGUAUAUGAGGUGACAAAGACAGGAUGUCUCUUCAUGUGAAUGCCUAGUAUUCAUGUAGAGAUUCAGCUGAAUUCUUAAUUUAAAACAAGUUGUUCAGCUCAUCAGCUCUCUCCAUUGUUCAAUCUGUCAAUAAAUCAUGCUUUGUCCAGAAA